AUGUACGAUGGCACUAUCCUCCAUAAAGGAAGCACGCUAUGUACAAGAAACAAAAGGAGACUUAAAAGAACAUUUGUGGAAAGAUGCCAUCGUGUCUCCUUAAAGGGAAGAAACUACAUUUACCUGAAAAGGACACAUCCAAGGAAGGAAGAAAUGCCCGAAAUGAAUGAUGUGUUCGACAGCGUAGAACAGACAAGAGAUAAUAGAGUCAGCUCGACGAUUAUAGAUACCAGCUCCUUCAAUUUUACUGAAGAAGACUACGAUAUUAUUACGUCAUAUAAUGCAGAGGAAAUGAGAGCAUUUUACAGAAAGAUUUUAAAGGAAGCUUAUGCCAAUGCUAGAAGAAAUGGGAAGCUAUACUUUGGCAGGGACUUUCAUGUUGGUAGAAAUGCAUUCAUCAAGGAUUCAACUAAACGCUCUGUUGAAGAAUACGGAAGGCGGUUGGCGUACCCUCUUUAUUUUUCGAUUAAUGGGCACAGAUUAUCAUUUCUCAGAGACAAGGACUUUUUGCCACAACAUAGAAUAGAAGCUUUGAACAAUCUUGAAAAUGAAGGGCAAUGCGUCUCUAUUUAG